AUGAAUAUUACUACAUCUUCUCCUUCGUCUUCUUCCAUUGAUUCAUCAUCAGUAGUUGUAAAAGAAGAGAAAGAAGAGGAAGAAUCAAAAAGAAUAAUAAAUGAUCAAAAAUCUUCAACAUGUGAAUUAAUCAAAGAUCAAGUAUUUGAAGUUGGACCACGUUAUACUGAUUUAAAAUAUAUUGGUGAAGGUGCAUAUGGAAUGGUUGUAUCAGGUAGUGAUAAUCGAACAAAUCAACGUGUCGCAAUUAAAAAAUUAUCUCCAUUUGAACAUCAAUGUUUUUGUCAACGAACAUUACGUGAAAUAAAAAUUUUAGCAAGAUUAAAACAUGAAAAUAUUAUUAAUAUACAAGAUAUUAUACGUUCUAGUGUUUUUGAACAAAUGAAAGAUAUUUAUUUAGUACAACAAUUAAUGGAAUGUGAUAUGUAUAAAUUAAUAAAACAUCAAAAACUAAGUAAAAAAAAUUAA